AUGGUGAAACCUGAGCCUGAUGCAGAAGCUGAGGGCAUCAUCAUCCCUCAAAGCAACGAUCAGACCAGUAACCAAGCCACUCAGGCUGGUGACAAUCAUGCUCAGAGCAGUGACCAGGCUGAGGAGCAGGCCAGUUCUGAGAGCAGCAACCAGAUCCACCCCAGUGUCAGCCAAUUUGGUAACCAGACUGGUGUCCAGACAAGCACUGACCAUGACAGCAUCACUGAGCAAAUUAGGCGCACAUAUGGAAAUGGUGUCCAGAUCACUGAACCUAGAAGCAGGAUGACCAGGGCAUACCGUGACUAUGUCUAUGGGGAUCGAUACUUUGCCCCCAGAGAUAACGAGGGCCACCCUCCUGGUCAUUUUGCAGAUCUUGUGAGAUACUUCUACCAAGACGACGAGUUCUCCGAUCUUACUAUCCGUCUACGCGACCAUAAGUUCAGAGUCCACAAGAUGGUGCUCUGCCGUCAGUCACAUAAAUUUGCUGAGCUGGUCAAGGGUAUGAAUCGCUAUACGAAGACACUCACAUUACCAAACCAAAACAUUGAUGUCGCGGCCUUCAAGGCAAUGCUUGCCUUCUUGUAUGGAUUCAGAUAUGAAGGACGCAUUGCAGGCUCGCCCAUGGCCCAACAUUUCACCAUGGUUCAUAUGGGCUUUGAUUUCGACAUCUAUCGGUUGAAGAAGUAUGCAUUGAAGAGGGUCAAGGAAGUUACCGAGUUCCUCUGUAUCAUUCCGGAAUUUAUAUCCGACCUUGACCAAGAACUGGCUCGUGGAUUGACCGGAGAUAUUGUUCUUCCCCUUUACGUUAUGAUCCUCAACGUUUGUCGUGUUAAUAUCUUCUGGUUGCUCAAGUACCAGGCAUUCAACGACGUCUUGGACACCAAACCGGGGUUUGCUCAUGAUCUUCUCACGACUUUGGGGGACGAGUAUCCAGCGUAUUGGUGUCUCAGUUGCUACGCACGCUGGCACCGCGCACCCUGUCCUGGUUGUCGUAGUGAGGAAAACUGGGCCAAGUUUUUUCAUUGA